AUGAACAAUGCGGUGGUGUCCAGUGGAAAGGUGCAACGUCUUGUUCUGAUAACUGGAAACUACUCCCAGUGCCUACCGCCUGACCAAUCAGUUCCGAAUGGCUUCAAUCAGGCCAGCUGUGGCUCAUCAUCCGGCGGCUCAACAGACCCCAAGGCCCCCAGCAAGCCAAGCACACCUCCUAGCCAACCAAGCACACCCAGUACUCCAGGCUCUGGUACUACCGGUAACACUGGAGGUAACACCGGCGGCUCAUGUGGUGCAUUGUCCGGCAGCAAGACGGGCUACGCCACCACCACGGUAAGCAUCUACCUGCCCCGUUCCAUUGAAGCCAACUAUGGCACUGACACCUCUUCUCUGCAGCGUUACUACGAUGGUCAAAAGGGUGCUUGUGGUUGUGGCUCCGGCAACUCGAUGUCCCAAUGGCAGAUCGGUUCCAACGGUGUCCUCACCGCAGCAGGCAGUGCUGCCCUCUUUGAUGAUGGCGGCGACUCGAGCUGGUGCGGUAGUGGCUGUGGAACUUGCUACGAGCUGACGAAUGCCAAUGCAAUUGCCGCCACUGGCCAAGGAUCAUGUGCUGGCGCUGGUAGCAAGAUCACUGUCAUGGUCACCAACCUCUGCCCUGCCAACGGGAAUGAGGUUUGGUGUACGGCUCCCAACCAGUAUGGGUAUGGAGCUCAUUUCGAUAUCAUGAGCCAGGGCAAUCCCAAUGGCAACUGGGACAAUCCAGUCGUCCAGUACAAGAAAGUUGCCUGCCCGGUCGAUCUCGCCGGCAACUUCCAGACCUGCGAGUGUGCAGGUGGUGCCAAAAAGUCACGUGUCCGCCGCGGUCUCGUUCAAGGCCGUUCGCUUGAAGGAUAG